CUUCUUCUCUGCAAAUUCACACUCAAGUAUUGUGGGUCUGGUCCAAAAAUCACAAUGCAAUAGAAGGGGCUAGUGUAUGAUAAGAAGCAGGUUUUCAAGUCAAGUGGGUUGGUAACCAUGGCAACAGCUUCAUGGCUUUCAUCCCUUGAAUGUUCUCCCUCUAUCAAUCAAUCUUCAGACACUCUUUCACUUGUAUUUCAAUGGGUAGGCUUCAUUUUUCUCUCUCCUUGUACCCAAAGAAUCAUCUGGUCGUCCGUUGACCUACUGUUGGUCUUCACCCUCAUAGUGGUUGGAGCCCAAAAGCUGUUUUCUAAGUUUACCUCCAAUGGCACUUCCACUACCAGCUCCUCCAUUAAUGAACACCUUCUUGGAACUGAUAAGUCUCAAUUUAGAGUCAGCCUUUGGUUCUACCUAUCUCUACUUGUCACAGCUCUAUUGGGCAUAUCUUAUGCUGUUAUCUGCAUAAUAGCCUUCAGUCAAGGGGUCAAUUCACCAUGGGGGAUAGGAGAAUCUUUGUUCAGGUUAGUUCAAGCAAUAACCCAAGUUGUAAUUUUGGUUCUUAUUGCUCAUGAGAAAAAGUUUGGAGCUAUUUCUCAUCCUCUGUCCCUCAGAAUAUAUUGGGUUGCAAAUUUUAUUGUUCUGUGCUUAUUCUCUGCUGGGGCUAUCUUUCGGCUGAUCUCUAAUGGUGGAGAUGUGAAUCAAUAUGUCAAAAUGGAUGACAUAUUUUUCUUGGCUACUAUUCCAUUAUCUGCUUUUCUUUUCAUUGUUGCUAUUAAGGGGUCAUCUGGGAUUAGCGUGGUUAGAGAAUCUGAACUUAGUACAGACUUGAGAGCAGAAGGGUAUGAACCCAUUUCGACAGAAACCAAUGAGAGUAGCUAUGCUAAGGCUUCUUUGUUUUCUAAAGCAGUAUGGCUUUGGUUGAAUCCAUUGCUAGAUAAGGGAUACAAAUCCGCUCUAAAGAUUGAAGAAGUCCCUACGCCUCCCCCGGAUGAUCGAGCCGAAAGAUUGGCUGAGCUAUUUGAGACCAAUUGGCCAAAGCCAGGGGAGAGGUCAAAAAACCUUGUACUUACCACAUUACUCCGGUGCUUCUGGAAGGACAUGGUUUUCACCGGUUUCCUUGCCCUCCUGCGGUUAACCGUUACCUAUGUUGGUCCAAUGCUAAUCCAGAGUUUUACAGAUUUCACAGCUACGAAAAACCGCAACCUAUUUAAAGGGUGUUAUCUAAUAUUAAUCCUCUGUUUGCUAAACUCAUUGAAGCCCUCAGUUCACAUCACUUCAAUUUCUAUUCUCAGAAACUUGGAAUGCUUAUUAGGACCAGUGUCAUUACCGCUUUGUAAGAAAGGGCUCAGAUUGUCUUGUUCCUCCAAGAUCAUGGGGUAG